CGAAGAGUACAGGUUUUUAAUGCAAAUCAACAAGUUGAUCAAUAUCAUUCAGUAUGAACUGGGCUUUUUAUUUGGGUUCAUCAAGCAGAAGUACCUGGUGGUGUUUCCGGAGCUUGUCAGUAUCAUCACCAACCCGGAAGAUUUCAUUAAAGUGGCAGAGUUGAUCAAACAGGACUUGGUGAGUAUUCGAGACUAUGAGCUGCAUCUCAAGCAGUUCCUCACCAGCGACAAGAUAUUGGUGCUUAUAAUGAGCGGGCUCCAGAGCGUCAAAACCCAGUUCAUACUUAACGAGGCCGACUUCAACGCCAUUUUGAACGCCUGUACUGAGUACAAGAAGUUGCAACAGUUGCUAGCAGAGUUGUCUAGUUUCAUUCGGACUAAGCUCAUAAACUUUACCCCGAAUCUUUCCAGUUUACUAGGUCCCGUCACGUCAGCACAGUUGCUUAUACAGACGGGAUCUCUUCAGCAACUCAGCUCAACUCCGGCUUGUAAUUUGGCAUCUCUCGGUGUGAAAGAGCUCUCUUCCACCACCAAAAGAAUCAACUCUUCCGUACAAAUGGGUUACUUAUACCACAACGAAAUCAUCAAAUAUCUUCCUCCCGACACCACCAAACUGGCCCUUCGGAUUCUCAGCGCCAAAGUCACCCUAGCUGCCCGAAUUGAUCUUGCCAAAUCGAGCCCCAACGGGGAAUUGGGCAAAAAGUAUAGGGAUGAGGUAGUGGACAAGAUUAAUAAGCAGCUCCUACCCCCAGAGGCCUCAGGAAUCAAGCCCUUGCCCAAGCCCACCGAGUUCAAGUCAAAGAGAAGAGGAGGACGAAAAGUACGUAAAUUGAAGCAGAGGCUCCAGAUGUCUGAAAUGGCGAAGGCCCAGAAUAUCCUCAAGUUUGGUGAGAUGGAAGACAGUUAUUUGGAUGCGUUCGGCAACGAGGUCGGUAUGGGGUUGAGUAAGGACCCUAGUGUGAAAGCCAAUGCCAAUACCAAGGCCACCAUUUCCAAGGGCAUGAAGUCCAGGUUGGGUAAUGAUAAUAACGAGAAGAAACGGCAUUUGGACUCGGUUCUUGAUGAAGACUUUAGCUCCAUCUUCCAGAUGUCCAAGAAAACGACUGCUGACACCGCCUCUCCACCACUCAACAAGUGGGUAAAUGGGAGUAUGAAGAAGUAGUCCCUCCAGCGGUUCCUUUUGUAUGUACCAUAUGUAAUACUAUUCUACGCUUUUAGCAUCUUUUGCCAGAUUUCAAUCGCGACUUGACUCAUUGGC